AGUUAUGUGAGGUUAUUCAAAAAGAAAAAAAAAAAAAGUAAUGUGAGGCCUAUUUUGUAUCUAUUUAUUUACAGUGGAAGCAGCACUUCUGUAUACACACAAGUCAUUUCGAUUUCAAUGGCAGACUCAAAUCCCCAAAAUGCCCCUGAAUCCCGAAUCGACGGCAAUAUUCUCGCCGCCAAAUCCCUCGCCCGAUACGGCGUAACCCACAUGUUCGGUGUCGUCGGAAUCCCCGUAACUUCGCUGGCAAACCGUGCCGUAUCUCUCGGAAUCCGUUUCGUGGCCUUCCACAACGAACAAUCCGCUGGUUACGCAGCCUCCGCCUACGGUUACCUCACAGGCAAACCCGGAUUACUUCUAACGGUAUCCGGCCCGGGUUGUGUCCAUGGGCUAGCGGGUUUAUCUAACGCCAUGGUUAAUACUUGGCCGAUGGUAAUGAUUUCUGGGUCAUGUGAUCAAAACGAUGUUGGAAAAGGAGAUUUUCAGGAACUUGAUCAAAUAGAAGCAGUGAAACCAUUUGUGAAAUUUUCUGUUAAAGUUAAAGAUAUUAAAGAAAUACCUAAUUGUGUUUUUCAGGUUCUUGAUCGGGCUGUUUCAGGCCGGCCCGGUGGUUGUUAUUUAGAUAUUCCAUCUGAUGUUUUGCAUCAGACUGUUGAUGAAUCAGAAGCUGAAAGUUUGUUGAGUGAUGCUUUCAAGCCGAAAUCGAUAGUAAAUGAGUUUAACACUAAGAGUUCAGAUUUUGAAAGAGCGGCCGAGUUGCUUCGAACAGCGGAAAGGCCUUUGAUUGUGUUUGGUAAAGGGGCUGCUUAUGCACGAGCCGAGAGUGAAUUGAAGAAAUUAGUGGAGUUAACAGGAAUCCCUUUUUUGCCAACUCCGAUGGGUAAAGGGAUAUUGCCUGAUAAUCAUGAACUUGCAGCAAGUGCAGCUAGAUCACUUGCUAUUGGUAAAUGUGAUGUUGCACUUGUUGUUGGUGCUAGACUUAAUUGGUUAUUGCAUUUUGGCCAGCCUCCUAAGUGGUCUAAGGAUGUUAAGUUUAUAUUAGUUGAUGUUUGUGAAGAUGAGAUUAAGUUGAGGAAACCACAUUUGGGUUUAGUUGGAGAUGCUAAAAAGGUGUUGGAAAUUAUCAACAAGGAGAUUAAAGAUGAUCCUUUUUGUUUGGCCAAGAAUCAUCCUUGGGUUGAGGCCAUUUCGAGCAAAGUAAAGGAGAAUGUAUCAAGAAUGGAGAGUCAGUUGGCCAAGAAUGUUGUUCCGUUUAAUUUCUUGACGCCUAUGAGGAUCAUUAGAGACGCUAUUUUAGGAGUGGGGAGUCCUGCUCCUAUAGUUGUUUCUGAGGGGGCUAAUACUAUGGAUGUUGGAAGAGCUGUUUUGGUACAGACUGAGCCUAGGACUAGGUUGGAUGCUGGAACUUGGGGAACCAUGGGGGUUGGGUUGGGUUACUGUAUUGCUGCUGCUGUAGCUGAACCUAAUCGUCUUGUAGUUGCAGUUGAAGGUGACUCUGGAUUUGGGUUCAGUGCCAUGGAAGUUGAGACAUUGGUUAGGUACAAGUUGCCUGUGGUUGUGAUAGUUUUUAACAAUGGUGGCGUAUACGGUGGUGAUCGGAGGAGCCCUGAAGAAAUAGCAGGGCCUUUUAAAGAUGAUCCAGCGCCCACUUCUUUUGUCCCUGGGGCUGCUUAUCACAUUCUAAUCAAAGCAUUUGGUGGCAAAGGCUAUCUAGUUGCAACACCUGAUGAACUGAAGUCUGCCCUUUCAGAAUCCUUUUCUGCACGAGAGCCAACUGUAAUAAAUGUUACCAUUGAUCCUUACGCCGGUGCAGAAAGCGGUAGGCUACAACACAAAAACUAAAAUGAUGCUUCAUGUAUGGGCACUGCAUUAAUGAUCAUAUGUGAAAUGAACCAGCAUGUGGUGUUGUUUAUACUAUAUCGGUUUGCUGUAGCUGAGCUGAGCUGGUCUUCUCUUACCUGGUGCAAUAGUGUGAGAAUUCAGAAGGUAGUGAUUGCUUGUUCAAAACUCAAGCAUGCAUACGUUGCCUGAAGAUAUGGGCAUAUUCUACCGGGUAUUGCGGAUAGAAAAGUUUUAUUUUUGUCUUAAUCAAUAAUAAGAUGACCUUGAGCCACACCGCUCCACGCCACAUUCCCAGAGUAGAAGUUGUGCAAGUAGGGGUAUAAGUUCCGGUGGACACCAUAAAAGGUGCAAGUUUGUAAAUGUUAUGGGCAAUUAUUAUUUGUUAAUGCCUAAUGGAUAGUGAUUUAAGUGCUGGUUUCCUGUAUAAAUAUAAAUUGCAGCUUCUCAUUGCA